CCGCCCAGUGGAGUAAGCUUUUUUGUGAAUUUGUGCCAUCUCACUACAUUUCUCCGUUGAGUCACUUUUUCAUGACAACUCAGAAGCUCAUGCAACCUGUCAUAACAACAGAGCUUUUGUAUCAGCUUGCAACAGCUCGUGAACCUGUGACUCGUCGUUGUGAGGUUGAGUUAACAUUUAGCUCUCUUGAUUUUGUGCACAUGUGGCAUCUUGGUAUCUUUAUUGAGGCUCGUCUGGGAUCUUACAUCAGGUUACUUCUAAGCAGUGGUACAGUAGUACAACCUUCGUACGUUAAGCCAACCAAAUUAUCUUUUGCUGUUGAAGAUACAGCUAAAUCACUUCACACCGUCAAUCAAGUUUUUGCUUCAUUUUGGGAUGAGCUGAUUAACUUUAGCAGAAAUGCAGCUUCCCUCUUCUUGAUGUCCCUGUUCUUUCCAUCAACUAGACAGACGACAGUUAUAUUCUCUCAUGGUGGUAUUUCAGCAUUUUCAGGAUUGAUGGAGGAAUUUGCAGGAGGACAACAUGGACAAAGUGUACACUUACCCAAAGCACUUGGAAAGUAUGAAAGACUUAAAGUUCAUGAGCUGGCUAAUGAACUGGGGUUGGAGCAUGGAAGCCAGGGCGUGGACAAGAACAGACAUGUGAUUCUAACAGGGAAAGACGGCAAGCAGUGAACUAUGUAUGGAAAAGACGUGCCAUCAUUGCAGUCAUAUUGUUUUCUAGUUGACAUGACACAGAAUAUUUGAUUUUAUAGUGGUUCUACAAUGUGCCUUUUUGUACUCUGCUCUGCGCGGGUGUAAAUGUU